CCAGCCCCGCCCGGCGGUCAAGGUCCGCGGUGGCCCGGCGGGCGCCAGCCGCGUCGCCCCCACCCCGCCCAGCCUUCACCUUGCCGGAAUUGGCUCACCGACGCGGGGUUGGGGGUUUGGAGCGGCUUUAUUUUUUUUAACAUUUUUCCAGCAGACCACAUCCCCGCCCCCCGCUCGCGGUCCCCCGCCCCCCGCACAUAUACCCUGCACACACACACACACACACACACACACACACACCCGGCGCGCACAGACAGACACGCUCCCUCCCUCCGGCGCGCUCUACCCCUCGCUCGCCAGCCCGCCCGCCGCGCACGCAGCCGGCCCCGGCUCCCCGCGCCCGGCGCCCCGCGCCCCGCCGCCGCCGAGCGAAGCCGGGCUGGGCUUGGAGCUGCUCAUGGAGAAAGUGCCGGGCGAGAUGGAGAUUGAGCGCAGGGAGCGGAGCGAGGAGCUGUCCGAGGCGGAGAGGAAGGCGGUGCAGGCUACGUGGGCCCGGCUCUAUGCCAACUGCGAGGACGUGGGGGUGGCCAUCCUGGUGAGGUUCUUCGUGAACUUCCCAUCCGCCAAGCAGUACUUCAGCCAGUUCAAGCACAUGACCGAGCCCCUGGAAAUGGAGCGGAGCCCCCAGCUGCGGAAACACGCCUGCCGGGUCAUGGGGGCCCUCAACACCGUCGUGGAGAACCUACAUGACCCCGAGAAGGUAUCCUCUGUGCUCGCCCUUGUGGGCAAAGCCCACGCCCUCAAGCAUAAGGUGGAGCCCGUGUACUUCAAGAUCCUCUCCGGGGUAAUUCUGGAAGUGAUCGCCGAGGAAUUUGCCAAUGACUUCCCACCAGAGACGCAGAGAGCCUGGGCCAAGCUGCGUGGCCUCAUCUACAGCCAUGUGACUGCUGCCUACAAGGAAGUGGGCUGGGUACAGCAGGUCCCCAACGCCACCACCCCUCCGGCCACGCUGCCCUCUUCGGGGCCAUAGGACCCCCCCCUCUCUCCUCCCCCCUCCCAGGCAGCACCCUGAGCCGAAGGCCGAGUUCUGAAGACCCUCCUUGGGUGCCAAGGAAGCUGGAGGAAUCCCUGACUCGUCUUCCCA